AUGUCGACCAUCGUGACAAGGCCCAGUCCCCGGGACGCCAAGCAGGGUCGCAUGAUUCACUGGAACGAGGACCGGUGCCUGAGCAUCGUGGAAGCCAAGAGGGCGCAGGGUUUUCUCGACGAGGAGAUCCUGCUGGGCCCGACGGCUACUCAGUGGAAGAUCAUUGGCAACAGCGUGGCGAGGGAGGUCUCGCUGGCCCUGGGUGUCGUGAUUGCAGACGCAGUGAUGCGCAGUUACGGCGGCAACUUCCGGGCGCUCGAGGAGGCAGAGGAGGAGGCCAUGGUGGAGCGCUCGCCGUACUGGGAGGCGGCGCCGAGCCGGGGGUCCGGGGGGGUCGGAUACCCCAGAGACGAGCGUGCCGACGAGCCCGGGAGCGACGGCGCCACCGCCACGAGGAAAUAG